CUGGCUGGCUAACUGAAGUGCAAUUUUAAAUUCUGGAGAAUGUAUUAGUAUUUUUCGCCUUUCAACCGCCGCAUAUUUUUGUCGCUAUGCCACCUAUACACAUCUGGAAAUGUAAUUCUUAUGGAAUUGUGGAAUGCUAUUUAGUGAAGGACGAAUAAAAUGACAGAUUGUUCAGGAAUUAAUUUUGUUCGGCGUUCCGAAUGGAAUGCCCGUAACAACACAACCGAGCUCGUUAUUCUCGAUCUCCCGGUCCCGUAUAUGGUGUUCAGGCACACUAACACGUUACCGUGUGAUACUCCGGCUUCCUGCAAAGCCGCCGUUGCUGGCAUUCAGAAUACGCAGAUGGCAAGCAGCUUUUUCGACAUUGCGUACAAUUUUGUAAUUGGCGGAGAUGGCUCGGUCUUUGAGGGACGAGGUUGGCACCAUAAAGGAUCCGUGACCCCAAUGUACAACAGUAGAGCCAUUGGUGUUGGUCUUAUCGGUUGGCUCCAAACGAACGGAAGUGAAAAUCAUGGAUUCAUGUACGCCGCUGCCAAGGCGGCAAAUGGAUUACUUCAUUGCGCGCUGGGGAAUGGUUACAUUAAUCAGUCGGCUGAUUACGCUGUUAUUGCUUUUGACAUCAACUGGCUAAUCAAAGGGUUUAUACUGGAUCCCGAUUCGCUGCUCACGUUGUCUGCAGAUCCGUCGACAUCAACGCUGACUACGACAGCUUCGCCAUCAACAACCUACCGAUCAUCUUUCACUGUUAACCACACUCGUGUGAACAGCUCUUCACCAACCGAAACGGAACGGUCAGCAAUAAGUGGUGAAACGGUGGCUGGGAUUGCUGCAGGAUUUGGAGGCCUAAUUUUGUUGGUUGCCCUAGGGGCAGUUUUGUUUCAUAAACGGCGCAACCAGCUAAAGCAAGCAAAGGAUUACCGACCGGCUAUCUGCAAACUGAUUCCCGAAGGUGUGGUCGCUUACUAUGAAAUUCCGCGCUGGUCUGUUGAGCUGCGAGACGUUUGCCUUGGAACAGGGCAAUGUGGGAAGGUUUUCAAGGGAGUAUUACUUGAUAACAAAUCGCGCACAGCACAGCUGCGUCGAUUAUCAGAGAGCCGGUCCGUAGCUGUUAAGAUGACCCAUGAACAGCAGAGUGACGAUACUACUACCCACACAAGUUUUAUUGCGGAAAUGAGUAUUAUGAUGAAAGUCGGUCGCCAUGUGAAUAUUGUUAACUUGGAGGGUCUUGUUUUAAAAGAAAAGCUACUUAUGGUAAUGGAAAACUGCGAACUUGGAUCACUCGAAAGCUACUUACAAAAGGUAAAAGCGGAAGCGAUUGAUCUCUUGAACUUUGAUGUUAUGGAGUUACAAAGCUUCGCGCAUCAAAUAUGCCGUGGAAUGGAGUUCCUGUCUUUGAAAAGUGUAAUUCACCGCGACCUGGCGGCUAGAAAUAUUCUUCUCAGUGCCACAAAGAUUGUCAAAAUUGCCGAUUUCGGAAUGGCAAAAGAACUCCCGGAGUACAUCUUGGAAAGGGAAAGGGUUCCGUUGCCGGUGUGCUGGAUGGCACCGGAAUCCAUCAUUCCCGGUCGUGGAGUCUUCACCACGCUGAGCGAUGUAUGGUCAUUUGGCGUGGUUCUGUGGGAAAUAUUCUCCUUGGGCGGUAUUCCAUAUGCUAGUGAGUUUCCUAACGGGAUCUUCUACACACAGUUUUGCCAAUUCCUUCAAGAAGGUCAACGACUAAGUAUACCGGAAUUAUGCCCAGAAUCAAUCGCGGUACUGAUGACAAAUUGUUGGUCCUUCCCUGCUGUGGAUCGACCUGGUUUUUCCAGUUUAAGGCAAAGUAUAGAAGCGCUACUGCCGAUCGCGGACAGGAAUCGGUAUAUUGCUUUUGAUAUGGAAAAUGAGAAGCUGAACAACGGCAUCAAUAGCCUGGCCGAUGGUUCCAGCUCAACCGGUUCUUCGCCCAGAUUUUUGGCAUCUGGUCAAAUUGUCGUGAAGAUCGAUUUACCGGAAACCUCGCAUUAGGGCAUUUGGCGCUCGAUUCUUUGCCAUUUUUUUGCCUUGUUUGUAAUUCGCGUCUGUCGGAUGCAGCCAGUUUUAGGCCAUAUAUAGCAAGCAAUAGCUUCCGAUCAGCAAUUCUAACGUUUAGCACUUUAUUCCAGUUUCCUAAUAAUACGAACCGUAAUUAUCUUUUAACGUCCUGAUCACAAAUUAGUUGGUGGCUGGGUUACGUUUAUCUGACCGGACCGUCAAUAUCCAUAGCAAAUCGCAAGUGAGGGCAGAUUUGCAACUAGUAUAUGCGGGCCACAUCGUUUAUCAGGGUUUAUCAGGGUUAUCAGUCAGAAGACAGCGACGAAGUGGAUUACAUAGUAGACCUUGCACAGGAUUAUUGGCUGAAGCUACGAUGUAAAAUUUUGUCAGUACAAAUUUACAAAAAAACUGAUAUGGUUAUUGCAGUCCGAUAAAUUUUGUAUGACCUUGCGUUAAUCAGAACGGCAAUUGUCACUAAAGAAUCUAGCAAACGGUUCAGAACAUUAUUUAACCGUCUGUUAAUGUAAGCAGAAAAUAUUUAUUCCCAUUAAGCACUAGGACAAUUCGAUCAGAACAGAAUCUGUAGAAGUACAGAUCAUUUCACUAUUCAGUAUUGCAUUGAUGAAGUAAAAUAUUCACAUGGCGUAGACGAAUGAUCAUUGGCCAGAUUUCGCAGAUCAGGUUGAACACCACGGAAAACAUUCACCGGCACCCUAUCCAGAUUCCAGGGACUCCAGGGUAUGAAAGAGCAGAAUAUUACACGCAUCCUCUG